CACUUAUGAUUAACCACCUCAAUUCUCCGUUUUGAUUUGCUUUCGCUCUGUCAGUCACUUUUUCCCGAAGUGUCGCCAGCAACAAAGUAGUGUGUACAUCACACCGAGGGAUGAAGGGAAAAAAUUCAAAGGGAGGCGAAAAACAGAUAAGGUCACUUUUGCUGUCAGUUAGGUUUUUGAUAGCUAGUUUGAGUCUACCUAGCUAGCUACGUUUUUGGAAAAUGUUACCACAAUGAAGAACGUUAGCUAGCCAUAUUUGGCGUUUUAGCUAGCUAAAUGUAACAUAAAUGGCUAGCUAUCCAUUUUAGCCAGCUAGCUAACGUUACCGCUGGCGAGUAAGCCAUAUUUAGCUAGCAAAAGCAACACACGAGAUAGCUAGCUUGCUAUCCUAGCUAAAUAAAUUAAAACGACUUAAGCAUUAUUUUUCGGCUUUUAUUAUUUUCUUAAAUCCCCGUUGUGAUUUGCCGUUUGACAACUAGUUACUCCUUUAGUUAGCUGAUGGACAGUUUCACAGACGUUCUUUGUCACUUCUCGGGCGUUUUAAGGUAUUGGUUCUGGGGCGGCUAGGCGAAGCAGGAGACUGUACAGAUGUGGCAGCCAAGUUUGUCCCCUUGUCUCCGGGACCUGGGUUGGUAAGCACACGGCAAUUUAGAUGCGUUGGGGGAGUUGAUGCUAGAGCUAACUACAACAUUUGGCAAUAAAUAGAUUGUUCGUUUUUGGAGAGAAACGAAAAAUAUCUAGCUAAGUUAGAUAUUAUCCAGAUGACUGUCAAGUGUUAGCUAGAAAAUUCAGCUGGCUAGUUGUUGUCGAGUUUAGCAGAGCUAACUGGGCCUCAUUAUCUAUAUUUGUGUCUGCUUCAACUAUAUUAACCCAAACUUGACAAUUGCACGAGACUUGCAGGCUGUGAAAUAUUCCGUGUAGCUGCUGCUAAUGCUACAGUAGCUCGCACACAGGCGUCUUCGAAGGAGGGCAAACUUAAUCGUAGGUAACUGACUACAUUUGUUGCAUCCACAACACUAAUUUGUUUUUACCACUGGACUGUCCAUUCUGAUUUACAAAAGGGAUCAGAACAAUUAUUUGCUACUAAGUGUGAGGCGUGGGCGCCCCAUUCAAGUCGGGCUUUUAAAUACUGCGGUGAUGACUUUAGAAUCCAUGAUGGCUUGUUGCCUGAGCGAGGAGGCGAAGGAGUCCAAACGAAUCAACGCCGAGAUCGAUAAGCAGCUUCGCCGAGACAAGCGGGACGCGAGGAGGGAACUCAAACUGCUUUUAUUGGGUACUGGCGAGAGUGGCAAGAGCACAUUCAUCAAACAGAUGCGCAUCAUCCAUGGGACGGGCUACACUGACGAGGACAAAAGAGGCUUCACCAAGCUGGUGUACCAGAACAUCUUCACCUCCAUGCAGUCCAUGAUCCGGGCCUCCGAGACCCUCAAGAUCCAGUACAAGUAUGAACAGAACAAGUCCAAUGCGUUGCUUGUGCGAGAAGUGGACGUGGAGAAGGUGUGUUCCUUCGAGCAGCCCUACAUCAGUGCAAUAAAGAUGCUUUGGACUGACCCUGGCAUCCAGGAGGCCUAUGACCGCAGACGUGAAUAUCAGCUCUCGGACUCAACCAAAUAUUACCUUAGAGAUUUAGAGCGAAUAGCGACCAAGGGGUACGUGCCCACUCAGCAGGAUGUGCUGCGGGUUCGAGUGCCCACUACUGGCAUCAUUGAGUACCCUUUUGACCUGGAGAAUGUAAUCUUCAGGAUGGUGGAUGUAGGGGGUCAGAGGUCAGAGAGGAGGAAGUGGAUCCACUGCUUUGAGAACGUCACGUCCAUCAUGUUCCUGGUUGCCCUCAGCGAGUACGACCAGGUUCUGGUGGAGUCUGAUAACGAGAAUCGGAUGGAGGAGAGCAAGGCUCUGUUCCGGACCAUCAUCACAUAUCCCUGGUUCCAGAACUCCUCCGUCAUCCUGUUCCUCAACAAGAAGGACCUCUUGGAGGAGAAGAUCACUUACUCCCACCUGGUCGACUACUUCCCAGAGUUUGAUGGGCCCCAGAGAGACGCUCAGGCAGGCCGGGAGUUUAUCCUGAAGAUGUUUGUGGACCUGAACCCUGACAGCGACAAGAUCAUCUACUCCCACUUCACCUGCGCCACGGACACAGAGAACAUCCGCUUUGUGUUCGCUGCUGUCAAAGACACCAUCCUGCAGCUCAACCUGAAGGAGUACAACCUGGUGUGAGAGAGAGAAAUUGAGAGAAACCUCACACACAGCACAGAGUACACAUCUACACACACACCUGCACUAACACACACGCAGACACAUUCACCAACAUGCAUUUACACACACACACACACACUCUUGAUCACACAUGCGUAAUAUAUUCCAGGUUCUAUUCACCCCUGGUCCCAACAUCCUCCUGCUCCUUGUCUAUGGUUUAAUUGGAUGUAUUUUUCCAGCUCCAGUCAUUCCCCCCACUCCUCUCUUCCCUGCCCACUGCAGCCUGCAUCCCUCCACUGACUUGACUUGGUGGUUGACAGCUCUCAUUUGUCACCUGGUGUGGCUUGCGUCUCUGGGUCACCCCUGUUAAAGGAGGGGGGCUUGGGGGUGGGUAGGUAGGUUGGUAGGUAGAAGUCUGUUUGAUUUGGUGGCUUGGGUGAUUUAAAGGAAGGAGAGCUGAGGUGUAGGAAAGCAGGAAAAAGCCAGUGUCCCCCCUUCACAGUCAGCAGGGUCUGUCUGUGGGAUGGGGGGGGGGGGCUGGGCACCCACCCAGGGCUGGGCACCCACCCACCAGUCUGCAGAGGGUUGUGGGUAACUGCAUAGAAUCGUUGGAGCAGGUGCGGGUGGUGCUGAGGUGUGGGGGGGAAGCUCAACUCUACAUCGUCUUUGAGGUGUGUGUUUUUUUCCAAAUCUCACGCUAUGCUAGAAGUCACCUUGCACUGUUGAAUGUAAAAAGUGUGUGUUACAAUCAAGUGGAUGCUCACACAUAGACAGAGCAAGGGUGGGAGAGAUGAAGUAAAUUGAUCUGUGUAUAUUAAGAAUUAUUUUAGGUGAGUUUAUUGACUAUUACUAUUGCUACUACCGCUGUCCCAAUGAUGUUAAUUAAAGAUGAACAAGACCGCAGCGUUUCUCAUUUCCAAGAGGAAAGUCACAAUUAUCCAAUAGAGGAUGGAACCUACAUGAUUGGAAACUGUUAAAGUUUCCUCCUUAAUCCGCUGCUCCCCUGUCCGUCAGACAAAACAUAAUUUACACAAUUUUUCACAGAACCCCUUGUUGAAUUGGCAGCAUCUUGUAACAUUCUAAAACGACAAUAUGAAUAAACUGCAGCACUAUUUAGAUUUAAUUUGUCAUGAUUUUUACUCCUUAAAAUGCUGUACCAUUUGCCAAAUGUUUUGUUUGCUGUAGAUACAAUCAAGUUGCCAGUAUCAGUUACAUCCCCCAAAACUUUUCAGAUACGAUGAACAAAAUCAACUCGUUGGGGAAUGGGGUGAUGGAGAUGACUGAAACGAAAUGUGUAUAUUUACAUGUCUUCUCUUAUAGUUGCAUUGAAAAGUUUGGUACAUUAAUUUAGGCAAAACUAAUUUAUAUUUGCCGUACUAUACCGUUUCUUUUGGACAAUUGCCUAAUUAAUUACAAUUGUUUGAUAGUGUGUUUCUGUGAAUCUUCCAAUGAAGGUAAACAACUUGCUGUACUUGUGCAGAUGACAUAAAGGAGUAGUAAGGAGCAAUAGUUUGUUGUAAUAAAGAAAUCUUUAGUGCUGCCAGCUAACUUAAGUCACAAGUUGGUCCUCUACACGGUGUCAGUACAGCUUCUCUUUGUUAAAGGUAUUGGAUAUUUUUUCCCUAUUUGGCCAAUAUUUUGAGAAAUGGUAGUGAUAAAUUAGAGAAGUGUUUUUUUUUAUUUGUCUAAUUUAUGGACCAGAGCUCUAGAUGUUGUUCAUCUGACUCUUCCUCCCUACUUCCAUCUAGAAGUGUCUCCAUCAGAUGGGAGACUGGGAGAGACAGGGUCCAUACUGCUGUUAAAAAAAUAUGAUUUUAUCGGCAUGUGAUCUACCUUUCUUUAGAGACCUCAUACUUUGUAGUUGCAGUUAUGUUCUGCUUCAAUUUUGAAAUGCUUGAGAAUGGGAAAAUUCUUUUCCAUUUUGGGUUGGUGCAUUAUGCAAAUAGAAAAAAAGAGACUCAUCAGUGGUUGAAUUUAACUGGUCUGUGCUUGCAUUUUUGUAAUUUUAAGAUUUUAGUUUGGUAUUUGUUUUUAAUCCCAUAUCUUGUCUUUUGCUUGAUAGUUAAGAUUCCAUAGCUAACAAUAUGUCGAUAGAUUGCUAUUUUGUCUUUAACGUAAUUCAGGUGAGUUUUCAUUAUAAGGGCUACUACUAGCAAAGUUGACAGAGAAUUAAAGGACUCUAUGAAUGAUAUAGAGCAAUAGGUGCAAUUAAAGUGAGUGUUAUGAAUCAGGGAGCCAGUGUUGGGGUGUGUUGAUGCCAAGGGGAAGGCCAUUGCCACAGGUUGAGUGCAAACUAUCCAGGGAUGCCAGUUGGUGAUCAUUGGAGGAUGAAUUCUGCUGGCUAUUUGCCUGUAAACUUUGACCAGCCUGUUUGGGCCUGAGCAGAGCCUAGUAAAACCACGAGGGGAUCGCAUAGCUGCCUGCCUCAGCCAAUCUUUAGUCUGCUCUUCCGUUCCCACCUGCCAUUCAUGUCUUCAGCUUGGCUUUAGUCCAUUGUUGUGGAUGGUUUGUGUUUUAUGUGCCCUACUAGUCAUGUUUCUAUGCUUGACAUUUAUAUACUAAGAAAGACCAGGACUGGAAGACAUAUGAUUGCCACGGAGCUAUUUGCACUCCAGAGAGCGUUGGGUGAGAGCGGUUAGGUGAAACUUAACACUUUAGAGUUAUCAUGAAUGCAGACUUGUUUUUCAUAUUUUGUAUUUUUGGUGCCAAAAAUAAUGGCCAAAUUGAGUGCAGGGUGCCCAAAUAUUUUUCACAUUCUACUGUACAUGGCAAUCACUUACCCUGCAAAGUGAAGUUUGUGCUCUGUUUAAGAUCUUGCUGUGUGUUUACAAUUACAUUGAAUUGCAACCUAAGAAUGUUUUACCCAUAAUGUUGGCUUGGGUAUACGUUUCAGUCCCCCUUAACUAAUGUCCACUGUAUACUAGCCUGGCUGAAAGGUCCAACUUUUACCUUUCCUCUACAUUCUCUACCCCAGUUGUUAAAUGGUUUGUGCAAUUCAUGGAAAUAUCUAUAAAUGUUGCUUUCACUGAAGGUGGAAAAGUAUGACCUUUUUUUUGACUUAAUUAAGUGCCACAGUGAUUUAAAAAUGUUGAAACAUGUUGGACAUUUUGUAAUACCUUGUCAUUUGGCCAACCCACGGUGGAGGCGGCCUUGUCGUGAAGGCAGCUUGUGAGUUGUCAGGGAUGUUUGGUGUUGCAUAACUUGUAUUUGAAGGCCUUUCUUUGUUAAUGGUCCCACACCUAAUACUUUAUAUACCACAUUAUUUGUGAACUGUACAUAAAAAGCAGAAAUAUGAAUGCUUCCUGUACAACUGCAGAUGAGGCUUUCAACUAAAUUUGAACAUACUUUUUGUCGUGAUUGCAUAUGUCUGAACGGAUGUUUUUGGUUUAAAUAGUUGAGCUUGUAGGCAAGUUUUCAUUUCUCUCUCAGGAGUACGAAAGUCUCUUGCCAGGGCAGGCUGGACUGAGAUGUUGCCAGUGGUACUUCAGAUCACCACCAACAAGGCAGCUUGUUUUUGAAUUGUUUUAGAGUGGUUACUGCUUCUCUGCUGCUCUGUUACCUCAAGAAGCACACUCCAUCCCCUUUGACCUGUGGUUUACUUUCUUAGGUAGAGUAGGGUUUAGUUCUACAUGUGACACUCAUGCUGGGCUCUCUUCAUGCUUGUAACCCCCCAGUGGUUUUGCAUUAAUUUAGUUACAUUGUACACCUUUUGCUCUCUACUGUAGGUAUCUGCAUCAGCUUGUGAUCCAGUGGUUUUGAGGUGUAUGAUGUGCUGUGUGGUUGCUUCACUCUAAAAAACACUGUACAAAUGUCUGGCGCAGGCCUCCCUCCCUGCUGUUGGCAGAUAUGAGAAUGCUACCAUGAGUUUUCUGAGCAUACAGUCAGUGUUAGUUUAAACCAAGUACAUUGGUUUUCUCCACAUGUGGACUAUGGACAGUGUGUAUGUAGCUAUGUGUCAUGUGCACCCUCUACAGCACACUAAUUGAACAUCACAAUAACUAGUAAGAGAACACGGAAGAAGUACUGUCGUCACUAAAACCAGCACAGUGGGGAUUGAAGAAGGGAUACACUACUUGAGGCAAGUCCAUGCCAUAGACUGACUAGCACUACAGUAUAUACAAACAGUUGCCACCAUUUUUCCAUACAGUUCAUUUUGAAAUAAGCCUGUUAAACUUUAUUUAUUGUAAUGCUUUGCCAAGUGAAGGUACCGAAAGAGUAAAAUACUGUAGCAGUUGGAUUCAUCUGUGUUUUUUAGAAUAUCAGCUGUUGUCUCCUCUUACUUGAUCUUUAAUCCUUUCUUUCUCACGGGUCAAUGCACUGAACCUGCGCUGCAGCAAUGGGACUUCCUGCAUUCAUGCAACUUACAUGUUCAUUUAAGCACGUUUUGUUGGUACUAUGAGAUGUGUAUACACUUUUGAUGGUUAAUGCUUUUUCUUGAGAUCCAUACUGAUGUGAUGGAUGCACAGAAAUGCUAAAAGCUCUUAUUGCAUCUUUUUGUUUCUUUUGUAAGGCUGAUGCAUUACCUGAACUCUUGUAUUUAGGAGCACUUAAUAUGAUAGAUUUUUAAAUAAGAGGUUAAAUAAACUUUGUGUAGUGGUGUAUAAAUUGAAAGUAAUGUAUUUUUUUCUUAAGUAUACCAAAUGUAAAUUAUGUACAAUAAUGAAUGUGCCAAUCCCCUUUCUUUGUAGAGCCAGACUCUUAACAAGUGCCAAUGUUGUGAAAAAUCAUAAGGACCUAUGUAUUUCAUGGUCCACUUUUUAAAACAAAUAAACACUAAGUAUGUGAUUAAGAUGAAUAAAUAAAUUAAAAUGAAUGAAAAAGGUGAAUUUUAUUCUGUAUUUAAUGAUAAACUGCUGUUUUGAAAGAAAUCACAUUUUAAUUGCAUGUGAUGGUUUGGGUGGGGGGAGGGGGAUAAACUGUAUUAAUGCGAAGCCCUCCAGAAAAGGGACCUAAUGGGUAUUGAUUUACAGUAUUUUAGCCAUGUUUCUCUUUUGUAUGUUUCAUUUCAACCACUGUUGCCUGAACCUCAUUCAAACAUGAAAAUGAUUUUCAUAGCCUUCUCCUUUAAAGAAAAAGUAUUUGUUUUAAAUUGGAAUAAAAUGUGUUCCUAUA